ACAAGACAUUGAAAAGUGUAAGAGAAAGAAAUUAGAAGAACACCAACUCCUCUAUGUAAUCUCAGUUUUUACAGACGCAUCCAUAGCGCCCUCUGCAGUCCUUCAGCGGACUCCGUUUCAUAUUACUAACGCUGUUUCUGAGUCAAGGAAAAACAAAAACAUGUCGGAGUGCGACAGGCUGAACCACUAACUAGCAAUAGCCACCUGAAGUCACCUCAACAAGUCAUCGAUUCGACUGACUGCUAUAUGAUUUCCGUCGUGUCCACGGCCGACGACCCAGAAAGAUGCCGCAGAAAGCACUGGGAUCCAUUGUAGGUCUUCUUUGUACCGGGACCUGUCUGGUGGAGGGAAAGGAGUUCUGUUUUGGGGUAAACAAUGAGCAGUACCGCUGUGAGAUGGGCUACUGCUGUGGAGAGAGAGAGUGCUGCACCUACUACUAUGAGCUCUGGUGGUUCUGGUUGGUAUGGACCCUGAUCAUCAUGUUAAGCUGCUGCUGCGCCUACAGACACAGGAGGGUUAAAAUGCGUCUUCAGCAAGAGCAACGUCAACGUGAGAUUAGCCUUAUGGCCUAUCAGGGUGCCUCCAGCUCCUUCAUUUCCCCUCCACCACUCAAUUUAAGGUUCUGGAACGACUGCAAGCUUCCUGACUAUGAGGAAGUAGUGGGUCACCCACCGACACCGCCUCCACCUUACUCUGAAAGCUCACCUGAGGCAGCUCCAGCCCUCCCUGCACUAGUGAACCAGCCUGACACUGUAACGGUUCCCCCACAGCCAGCUGGGGAAGCACCAGGUUUGGACACUCAGGCGUCGGGCUCCUCAUCAAACCAGGAAGUGUUGUCGAUGCCGAUCCAAGUACAGCAUCCGUCUGAUGAGAACGUCCAGGCUCCAUUGAUGGCAGAGGAGGAGGAGGAUGACGAGGAGCUCAUCACUCGGCGCCGCCAUGUGACUGGCGACUCAGGGAUCGAGGUGUGCGUUUGUCAGCUGGAUGUGGAUGAGGGUUCAGGGCUUGAAGAGGAAAGCGACGAGGAGCACCGCAUGUGCAAGGUCAGCGGUCGGGACUGCUGCUCCGGGCAGCAGCAGCAGAACUUCAGACAGAAGGAGCACACCUCAGAGCUGCCAAGCCAGACCGCCAGCACCAGCACUGGGGACCACAUGGUGUGAUCCACAGCUUUACUAACCAGCCAAGCAGUCCGACUGUUUGCCCCUCACAGGAUGAUCAUCAUCACCACUGCCUGUGUUUUAAUUCUAUGAACUAACACACAGGCAUGACGUCACGAUGAUGAUAACUAAUCGUUACUGGCAUCUGAUUAGGAAUGAUGAAAACACAAUAAGUGGACAGUUUUCUUUUUUGCUUUGCUUUCUCUUUUGCAGGGAAUCCGGCAAACACUUGUUGAUCCUCCGUUAGGUCUGACAUUUCUAAGCGAGGGAAAGAGCGUCAUAAGAAGGCAGCAAAUGAUUGUGACUGACACCGGAAAUGACUGUCUCCCUUUGUUACUACGCUCUAUCUGAGCACUGCCUUCAUGUUUCUAUCUCGCCGCUACCCCCUGGUCAGAACAUUUCCCACCAUCCAGCCGUCUGACAUUUUACCUCUACUGGGAUGGCCAGCCAGGAGCAUACCAACACGGUCAACAACAUUUCUCCCCCAUGAUCCCCUCCAGGACUAAGAGUCAAAACAAACCUCUUAAAAACCGAACGAUGACACCGGAUGAAUCUACGCGAGCACACGCAUUUUGUUUUCCCCACAGCGGAGUGUGCUUGAGAAUUAAUGCUUGUGUGUGCUGUGAAAUCUAGGGCACAGCUGCACAGUGAUGUCAGCUGUGAGGUCAUGGCAACCAUCAUCUGCUGUCCUCUGGUGUGAAGAGUGUGAGACUCUUUGCAGGAGGAGAAGGAGGAGGAGGGGGGCGUGCAACCGCAAAUAGCAGAGAAGAGAGACAGGAAGAAGUUUGUUGUGUCGUCUCCGGGUUUUAAAUGUCACACAACUGUUCUUUUGAUAUCAUAUAGUGAGUGGUGUCCAUAGCUCAGAGGUCACUGAUAACAUGUUUGUAAUUAGGGGGGGUGACCAGCUUGGAGUAAUUUAUUGUUUGCGUGCACAUGAUCCCCCCCUCACUUUGGUUUUUGACUGCAUUGAAUUCAUAACAGCAGCCAUGAGGGCUGUGUCACCACUUUUCUCAUCCAAAAAUAUCCAUGUGAGCGUGUUUUACUUAUAUCAGAGUUAGCAUCGGCAGCAUUUAGCUCACUCUACAUAUUAUUGAAUAGCUUAGAUUUUCAUAAACAAAAAGUGUGUCGUAACUUUGAUAUGUUUUUCAACUCAUAACCAGCUACGCUUCAGUUAAAGCCACAGGUGUCUCUAUAAACUGCAACAAAGCUCCCGAGAGGGGCUGCUAGAGUGCGUGUGUGUAAGUGAAUGGAUGUUAAAGUGCAGAGUCUUGUGUGUAUAUAUCAUUUUAGUGCAGUAGCAUGUGGUUUGAACACUUGUGAGGUGGAUUAGAAGCACUGAUGUUUUGCAUGAGCAUGGAUUAUAUUUGAGUUCGAUGACAUUUUCUAGCUUCCUGCUUUGCUCCUCGCUUCGUCAUACCGCGGUGACACACCUGUACACACGCACUUGUUUUUCGGUCAAGAAGUGAUCUGAGAAUCAAAGUGUCACGUCCCGGUGUUGAGCCAUGCUGUCCUCUAAUGACAGUGGUGGUUGUUGGGUGGCCUCGUGUGAGGACCCUGCAGCUCUUGGCAGCCUGAGGGAUUUGCGGUGUUAUUUUCCAUUGGCAGCAGAGAGGGAAUGCAUUAGCAGUUUGAGGUUGAUGCAGGCUUUUGCAGGCUUCUGCAUCACUGUUGGCACGGCUGCAGCAGGAUCUAUUGUGCAUAACUGCAUGCUUCUUUGCAUGUCAUGUUCCUCGCCCUAUAUACUGUACAGUGUGUUUUCAAAGAGUUUGAAGCGGGCGAGCUGGGUGUUAUCAGGUCGGGAACACAAAUGCAAAACAAAGUCGUCAAGUUUUGCAGGAUAAAAGUCGACAGAUGAAAGAAGAGAAGGCACUGACACAUCGGUUAAUGUUUCACUGAGGGAAAAAUAUUCACAACUUCUUAUUUGUCUGCUCUGAUAUGGUGUGCAGGAAUGGGCACAGUGCACUACUCCUACAGAGCAUAAUUUUAAGAUAAUGGUGCAUUAGUGUGCUUUAAUAUCGGUUUAAACAUCAGUCUUAAAGAAGUUUUUCAAAUCCAGUAAGACAAGUUGGUCAUUUCAUGUUGGCUAAUAUAUUUAUUCAAGCACGUAUUUGAUCCGUGACUUGUGUUUCAGCACCGUCUGGACUCUGACAAGGACACAUUUGCAACAUUCUUGGCCUCUAGACGAGACAGCACUGGUUUCUGCACUUAAGAGUGUGUUACCUCUUUUCCUCCAACUGGCAGCAAACUCACAUCUCUGUGCUGGCUGAAGUUGUGUUACCGUGAUUAACUGUCUCAGCUGAACUACAUACUGUUUACAUGAAUGUGUAGAAAUACAAUAUGAGAGGCAGUGCAGCUAAAACAUCGAUAUAGAGAGGGAAGAAAUGAAUCCACAGCUGCCUGGGGCGUAAAGUGAAAGAGGAAGUACUUUUGUUUUCAUCUUUUCAUUGCAUUGACUUUAAAACAGCUGUAGAGAAAGGUUUGCAGCUUUGUGUCAAGUCGCUGAGCAGGUGUUUGAAUAUGAAGCCGGACUAACAUGACAAUGACCUUUUCAGAAGAGCUGUAGCACUGUGAGCAUGACUGCACACCAUUAGCAGAAGCCAUAUAAAAAGACAUUGUUUGACCAGCACACCUCAAGCUGCCUUCGCUGCAUCUCUGGAGAGAAAAUGUCUUGAUUCUGAAGCUGCACAUUGAGUAAAUGUGGAAAAGAGUUGUGCUGCUGCUGCCUUAUCAAAGUAGACCUAGCUGUUGCUGUGUUUCGUUGCUGACAUGAUCACACACCUGAGCUUGUUCCUCUCACUUUUUUUUUUUGAGAAGAGGAUGUGGUGUGAAAACAAGUGUGAAGUUACAGCCACAAAGUUUCAACCGUCACAUUCUGUAGAGUGUUCCGUGCGUUGGAUUUUUUAUAUCCGAGUGUGUGGUUGUGUUGAGUUUAACAUACUGUGUUGUUAGUUGUGGCACUGAUGGAAUUGUUUCGACCAGAGUUUGUUCUCUUUUUGUUUCUGGUCGCAAAAUACUUUGACCUGACUUGAAAGCAUGAGUAAGACUAGUUUAAAAAAAAUGUCCUGUUUGUUUUGUUUUUUUCUCCAACAAGAGAUUACUUCAGAACUUUCUUGUGAAGGUGCUUUUUUUUCUUCUUCUUUGUAUACAUAUGUAGAUGAAAUGAUAGAGGGGGGGAGGGACUGAGGGAGGAAUGGGGAUUCUUUAGUGCAUGAGUGAACUUGAGGUCCAUAGUUUUCCCAUUGCCAAACAACGACUAUGCCUCGCUAGUUUUCACAUGUUUACCAAGAUUAAGGGCUAUAUCUGUCACCCGCCAUCCAUCCAUCCAUCCAUCCAUCCAUCCAUCCAUCCAUCCGUCCGUCCAUCCAUCCAUUCAUUCAUUCAUCCAUCCAUCCACCCAUCUACCCAUCCGCCCAUUUUAUUGAGUGAUUGAUCUGCUCUGUGCAGAUUGUUUGACGCCACAGUUGCCGAGAUCCAUUAUCUGAACAUGCUCUGCAUGUGGAGCUCAUCUUUAACAAUAGCUGAUUGUAUAUGAUCAUGUAUGUUUGUGUUCUGGGCAUUAACUUUGCCUUUUUGUUCUAUCAUCUUCAACAGAGGUGCGUGAUGCGACCCCCCAGCCCCCCCCCUUUCCCCAUGAGUACUUCCCUCUGUUCUAUAACCAGCUUAACCAGCUACAUGCGUGUGUGAUGUGACGUGAGUUUUAGCUCCGCCUCCGUUGGCUCUUUGUGACUCCAUGCUAACGAACUGUAGCUGACACUGUGGCUCUUUGUUUUUUCUCUGCGCAGAAGGAAUGACAGAACACUCAACCAAAGUCACUGUCAUAUCCGUACUGCGUGUGUUUUUGUCGUCACAGGGUGUUUGGUUUCCCCACUCUCAGGUUUAUCUUAAAGAAGCAGUGAUAGAGUUUAAAAUGAAUAUUCAGCCUCAUAAAAGCCAAAGCAGACUUUUCACAACUCUUGCUCCCCUUACUUGUCUUUUGUUCUCUCUUUGCAUCACGCACCUCUGAGGUGUUUGUUAUUCUCUCUACGAGGCUAUGCAAAAACAUAAACCUACUGUAAUAUGCUGCGACCCUUUCUCUCACUUUCAUUGUCAUUCGUCUGUGGACACCAGUAAAAGCAAUAUAACUCAGUAUGUGUGGCACUGACUGUAAUCUGCUUUUUUGUUUGGUCUGUGUUUUUGUUAAAGAAAAUUAUGAAAAAACUUGUAAUGCUCUUAAAAAAAAAGACGUGGUGUGUGUAAGCUUCAGUGUCGGCUGAGGGGCUUGAUUUAAAAAGACAUUCUAGUUUCUGUUAAUGUAUCAUUUCUCCCUCCUUUUUGUGCUUUUCUUGCCUGCUUCCUUAACCACUUCCACUUUGUACUCUAACUUAAAGGUAAACCACGUUAUCAAGUUGUGUCAGCUGAAAGGAAAGAGUUGAACAUGUUUUUGUUGGAAGACUUUGUCCGUUUGCUGUUUUUCCAUCCCUCUUUUUUUGUUGCACUAACUCAGCGUUUUGGUAUUCUCUGUUUAAGCAACAGCUUUCUUCUAUUUCCACCUUGAUGGAUUCUCACUGACUGAUUAUGUAACUGUUGCCUUUAAUCCUCAGUUGUAACAGCAUCAACAUUUUUAUAUACUAUACAUAUGAAGGACCUCAACAGGGGACGCAGUCAGCUCACAUGAGGCAAGAACACACCAGGGUGAUGGAGGAACUUUUCGAGGGCCCCUCUUUUAUUUGAAAGAAGUUACACUCAGAAAACUUCUAAACUGUACCUUUUAUCCACCCUUGAUAAAACCAAACACAUUGAGGUGCAACGUUGAAGCAAUGUGGAGUCGUUAUUUUUUUUUUUGCCAAAAUCCUAGUUUGAGAAGGAAGCAGGAAUUUACAAACACAGAUCCGACACUUCCUACUUUGCUUUCCUGACAACUUCAAAUGAGCCAAAACGGUUAGAGUGUAAAAAGAAAAACAUGAACGCACCGAAUGAUGGAAAAGAAAUGCUUUGUUUGUAGAAAUAAGUCUGCUGUGUACUGGUGGGGUCAUCAUUUGUAUUUUAUUUUUUUAAUAAAACAAACAUUGGCACUCAACA